ACCCCAUGUCUCAAGUCUUCUCCUUUUCUCUCUUCCACAUCAGGACACCUCACUUACUUCUCAACAUUUUUCUAUGUAUAUAUCUUGAAGGUUAGCUCAAGUCCCCUUCUUUUCAACAAGUUCAUCAUGCUCCUUUAUUUCUGAUAUGGCUUGGCUCGCCCUUUUUUACUCUUAGCUAAGCUCGCAACAGAACCUGAUAGCAGUGCGAAUUGCAGAAGAAAGUAUAGAGCCACAAGGAGGAGGAGAAGAGGUUAGAAACUUUAAAAGGAUGGGUACAAGGAUUGUUAGUUGUCAUAUUUUCAUCCAACUCAUGACUUAUCUUUUGCUCUGUUCAGCAUCAGUUGCCAGAGAGAAAGAAGCAGAAGUGCAGAACAAAAUCCCACACCAUAAAGUAGGAAAAUUGCAAGCUUUUCUGUCAAUCUCCACAACAGAGAAGGAUAUUACCACCCCUAUAACGACACUUCCAACAACAAAUCCUCUGAACCCCACUGCAACAAAUCCAACUUUAAAUCCAACAGUUUCAAAUCCUGAUUCAGCUUCAACAACAACCAAUCCAGCCAAUCCAUUGAUGACAACGUCUCCUCUAUCUUCAAGUGCAAGCUGGUGUAUUGCAAGCCAAUCUGCGUCACAAACUGCAUUGCAGGUUGCAUUGGAUUAUGCCUGUGGAUACGGAGGAGCCGAUUGUCAAGCUAUUCAAGCCGGUGGCAAUUGCUACUAUCCAAAUACAGUUCAUGAUCACGCUUCUUAUGCUUUCAAUAGCUACUAUCAGAAGAAUCCAAUUCCAAAUAGCUGCAAUUUUGGUGGCACUGCUGUUCCUACUAGCACUGAUCCAAGUUAUGGGACCUGUCAAUUUCAAUCCACUAGCACGAGCUCGUCCAUAUUGAAUACUACAAAUUCAAUGGGAUCAAGAGUAUAUGGAGCUGGUCCUAUCACCCCAACCAGCUCAGGAGCUACUUUGGCAUGUUGCAUGAUACAUCUACACAUCUUAACUUUUUUACUAACAUUUGCUAUCCAUCAUUCACAGAUGAAAAGUGUUAAGAAGUUAUAAGCAUGUUCAGUUGUAAACUUUAUGUGGCCUAAAUAGGAUUGCAAGUCAUUUGUGUGGGUGCAUGCAGGUUUCUUUCUUUUUUUUUUUUUUUUGGGGAAAGAUAAUAUGUAUAGGAUGGACGGUUGAGUUGAGUGAUAGGAAAAAAAGGGACAGAGGCAUUUGAUGUCAAAUUGGUGAUCAUUUUAAUCAAUUGCCGAAGUGACAUCUCACAAAAGAAAAGAAAGAGAAGCAGGAGAGAAAAGUAAAGGCUACUUUGUACAUGAAAGAUGGAGCAAGCUGCUAAGGAUUUUGUAUUGGUAGAAGCUUCUGGCUUUGGAGCAAGUCUUCCUUUUCCUUUCUUGCUUUCUUUUUUUGGUUUUCAAGUUUUGUGAAAAAGGUCAGAAAUAUAUUAGUGAAAAUCUUGAUCAUGCAUAAGCUAAAUUGCUUGCCUAUUGAAA